GGAAUGUGGUAACAAGCAAGUUAGAGCAGGAGAAAAUAAUAAACGUAAGGCGUGUCGGCGUCUAUUUUUUAAUACUUUAUAAAUUAGCAGAAAUAUAUAUUAAAUAAGCAAUUUUAUUAUAAUAUAUUUUAAUAAUAUAUUAUACGAAUUUCAUACAUAAAAGAAAUGUUUCUUUUAUUUUAAAAUGUCACAGCAACAAAAAAUUUUAAACAUAGAAAAUGUUUUAUUGUUCAUAUUAUUUUAUGAUUCGAUAAAAUUUCAAUUUUAAGUCUGAUAUAUUUUUUCGUAUAUGUGCUUGGUGUUUUGUUACGAGUGGAAAAGGGUAUGUUCUUAUGGGGUAAUAGCAGGGCGGUUGCCUUUGCCGGGGAAUGGAGACGGAGAGCGUAAAAUCGGGGGCUAGCGAGCAUAGCCAUAGCCAUCAUAGUAGAACUUCUCAAAAACAUCAUCGUACUCACAGUUCUAAAUCUCAUCAUAGACAACAUUCACAUAGAAGUACUAGGACAAAUCGUAGUCAAAAAAAAGAAAGGCAUAAUUUAGAUUCCACAGAAAUGGCACCUUUUCAAACAACUGUUAAUGUAAGAGGAGAUAGUGUUGAUAAUUUAGGUCAAGAAGUUAUAGAAGUACAAAUUUUACCUCAAGAUGAAAAUUGGGGAGAAAAUACUACAGCUGUCACUGGAAAUACUUCUGAUAGAUCAGAAUCAACUGAAGAUGUGAGCCAUUGGCCAAAUGAGAAUGAUGGAUCAUUUAGUUCCUGUAAUCGGUUUAUGGGACCGGUUAUAGCAAUGAUGCUUGGAUUAAGUGCUUUUCUUAGUCCUAUAACUAUGGUUAUAUUGCCUAAAUUAGGAUUUUUUCCUGAUUCUACAACUGUUUUAACUAUGCAACAAAAGCUUCAAUUAUUAUCUUGUAAUGCUGAAUGUAAAGGCCAAUUACUAGGUUUAGCCUUUAAAUUGGUGCUAUUAGGUAUUGGGAGUUGGGCUAUAUUUUUUCGCUCAAAAAAUGCUACUAUGCCACGUAUAUUUUUAUUUAGAGCAGGGGUAUUGCUCCUUACUACACUAUGCAUUUGUACUUAUUGGCUAUUUUAUGUUGUUCAGGUUACUGAGAGUGCUAAGACUGCUGCUAAUGGUGAAAUAACAGAAUAUAAAAAUUUAGUAAAUUAUGCAGGUACUCUUGCAGAUACUCUAUUGUUCAUUCAUUAUAUUGCUGUUUUGUUAAUUGAAAUUCGUCAUCAACAACCUAUCUUUUAUCUUAAAGUUGUAAGAUCACCAGAUGGUGAAUCACGAUCUUAUGCAAUUGGACAAUUAUCAAUACAACGAGCAGCAGUAUGGGUAUUAGAAAGAUAUUAUACAGAAUUUCCUAUUUAUAAUCCAUAUUUAGAAAGAUUGCCAGUAUCAAAAUCUGGUAGAAAACAAUCAAGUUUCAAAUUUUAUGAAGUUGAUGGUGCAGUAACUGGUAGUGUUCAAUCACGAGGAGGUAGUGGUGAUAGAUCAGUUAUAACAACUCAAACUCGUCGUAGAGAUUCCAGUCAUAAUGAACGUUUUUAUGAAGAACAUGAUUAUGAACGUAGAGUACGCAAACGUAGAGCUAGAUUAAUCACUGCCGCUGAAGAAGCCUUUGCUCAUAUUAAACGUUUGCAUUCAGAAGUUGAAUCUACUCCAAAUCCUGGUCCUAUGGAUCCUAUGGAAGCUGCACAAGCUGUUUUUCCAUCUAUGGCAAGAGCUUUGCAAAAAUAUUUAAGAGUUACGCGACAACAACCGCGUCAUUCUGUUGAAUCUAUCUUAAAUCGACUUGCUCGAUGUUUAGCACAAGAUGCAGCGCCACGUGCAUUUUUGGAACCUUUUUUUGUAACCAGUCCUGUAUUUUCAAAUGAAAAAGAACGACAAAAACGAUCGCAUCAUUGGGCUUUAGUCUGCGAGGGAGAAUUGCCUUCGCGACCUCUUGCAAAUGGUUGCGAAUUUCAAUUACGACAAGGUGAAGUAGCUUUGUUAUGUACAGUAUAUCAUUUACCUCAUUUUCAUCUUACAGAACAGCUUGCACAUCCUAAAUCUAAUAAAUUUUUAUUAAGAUUAAAUUCUGAAACAUCAGUUUAGUAAUAUAUAUAAAAUCAGUAAUUUGUUUUAUAUUU